AUGGCCACGGUUACGCGCACACGGGUUUCACUGCUGGUCCUCGCUUUCAUGGCUAUUACUAUCGGAGUACAGUGCCGAUCGCUUCGUUCGCAGCUUCGCAAGGUGACAUCGUUUCAAGGAGAGCGUAAAAUCCGGAUUGGACACGUCCAGAGACGGAGCCGUCGCGAACCGGGAUCCGAGCACGACCAGUGCGCCCUCCUGAGCGCCCCGUGGACGGAGAGCACUACUCCGCUUGGUGACUGGGGCCAGAUGUACCGUCUGAAGAUAUUAUCGACGAUGAGUGAUGGUCCACGUCGUGCUGUUUUCCCAGAACAAGCCCUCUUCAGAUUCGUUAGACGGGUGUAUCGCUGUUGUCAAGUGGGGUACCACUGUGGAAGUGUCAAGGGAAUACAAGGCGGAAAAGUUGGGGACUCCACCAUUGAGUUUCUGCUUGGCGAGGAUGUGCUGUCAGCACCGUUGGAGAAAGCGGAAGUUCAUUUUCACUUUUCAAACCCCCAACACCUCAACAUCCAACCUGUGCUCCCCUCACUGGAGAAACGAGGGUUCCCUACUAGGUACAGUGUCUGGUUGAGAGAUGGUGUCGUGGAGCUGAGAGUAGAUCUGCUCGCCCUCUUCCAGGCUCUUCAGCUGGUGAUCGGAGGAUCCAGUAGAGGCCCGAGCCUGAUGGAGAUGCAUCGGGUGAGGGGCUUGACCAGACCAGGGGCCGUUGUCCAAAAGCAAAGACCCCCAUCCCUUCAAGACACAGUGCCUGUAGUGUGGGGGGAGGUCAAUGAGGGCAGGGAUGGUGCGGCCCCCCUGCAGCCCUCUUUAGAGCUGGGACUGGCUUUACACUGCAGCUUAGUGGACAAUAUCGCACAGCCUUGUCAAAAUUAUGGUGUACAUCUAGAACAUGCACCCUUCAUCGCUCUGACGUACAGAUAGCAAGACAUAUGCAACUAUAUUGAACAGUAUAUUUAGCAAAUACAUUUAGAAACUGCUUCUGUGUCCAACCAAACACUGUCAAUCCCUAGCGCUCCCCCUUCACAAGUUCUUUGUGGCCAUAAAGUCUCCGUCCAUUCAGUCCACUAACACCUGGUGUGAAUGUUCCCUGGAUGGUUCGCUAUUUUUUAAGAAUUGCUAAUGAUUCCCAUUGUUCUGUGACAAUGGUGCUUCAGCUCUAGAGAGCUUACUGUAAUUCAGAGUGGCCUAUGUUAUAUGGAACACUAUGCACUUCAGCAUGUAAAUUGAAUUUAUUAAAUUAUGGGUGUUAUUUGUGAGAUAAAUGUAAAUAGUGUAUAAUUACAGUUCUAUAUAUAAAAACUUUUUUGCGUUGUA